AUGGAGAUCCACCGCGAGCCAAGCCCAUUCACGCCCACCCGGCCAAAGUCCGGUGCGGAGGACCAGCAGCGGAUCGCCCUCGGACUUAGUGCGAAUGCGAAGCGGAAGAUAUUGUUCAUAUACUCCCCAGCGCAAAUCUUUCCAAAGAUUCAAUCGCUCAAUCUACUGUCAUUUCCAACCAUCAUGCAUAUUCUCAUCACUGGUGGCGCCGGUUUCAUCGGUCAAUUGCUUGCCAAAGAGCUCCUGAACGACCCCACAUACCGCGUCACAUUGACCGAUAUCCAUCAACCUCCGAUCCCCCAUGGCGUCAAGUAUUCACAAAAUGCGACUGCAAUAAAGGCAGACCUCCUCACUGCACCAAAGGAUGUAGUGGAUGCUUCAAUCGAUGCUGUCUACGCUUUCCACGGAAUCAUGUCCUCUGGCUCAGAGGCUAAUUUCGAUUUGGGAAUGAGUGUCAAUGUUGAUGCUACCCGCAAUUUAUUGGAGGCGCUACGGCAUACCUGCCCUGGCGUCAGGGUCAUCUAUUCAUCCAGUCAGGCUGUCUAUGGUCAGCCAUUGCCGGAGGUGAUCGUAUGCGAAACACUGGUCAACGAGUACAGUCGUCGCAAAUUCAUCACAGGCUUUACUUUGCGUUUCCCUACUAUCUCUGUUCGUCCCGGUGCACCUACAGCUGCAGCUUCAUCCUUUCUCUCUGGUAUGAUUCGUGAGCCUCUGGACGGAAAGGAAUGUGUCAUUCCCAUUGAAGAUCGAUCGUUUAAGUCAUGGCUUUGCUCACCAAAGACGCUGGUUUAUAAUCUUCUCCUCACGCUCCGUCUGCCAGCAGAUUCGGUGCCCCCGCAUAUCCGUCAGAUAAAUGUGCCUGGUAUCUGUGUAACUGUUCAGGAUAUUAUGGAUGCGCUGGAAGAAGUUGGUGGCAAGGACAAGCUGGCUCUGCUCAACGAGAAGGCCGAUCCUGCUUUGAUUCCGAUCUUGAAAUCUUGGCCCACACAGUUUGAUAACUCUCAGGCUAUCUCUCUAGGCUUCAAGCGUGACGUAUCAUUUGAACAGGCCGUGAGAGAGUACAAGGAUGCAUUAUAG